GGCUCUUAUAUUUGAUCCUUGAUUAACAAUAAUACCACUUGGUUUGGCUCUGGCAGGAAAAGUAGAAAAAUUGUCUGUUGUCACUUGAAGCUAAAUGAGACACAAAAAGAAAAAAGAAAGAAAGAAUAAAAACAACUUUCGUAUUAAGAGAAUCCAAACCAUUUUAAUCACAGCUACCACUUAAAUAAUGUAAUUAAUCCCUCUUAAUCAAGACUCUUCAUCUGAACCACAUGUAAAAACAACACAUGCAAGAGCUCUAAUGAAAAGUUUUGCAAAAUUCAAACAGACGAGUAAAAAGCUAAAUGGAUGCUAAGAAGACAAUGUCGGUCAGAUCAACUAGUCUGAACUUAUUUGUGUAGACGGAUGGCGGAGAGAUUGGACUCUGGGAAAGACUCGUGGGUGCAUGAGUAAACGUAGGUUAUCUGUUCUCUUUCCUGCUCAAAGAUUUCAUAUCUAACAUGAAUAGGAGAUAUUAGCUUUAUGCUAGCUGCUUAUCACGUCUGACAGUGAUGGUGUUGGUGUUUCUGGGGGGAGAGUACCACGGGCUCAGGUUUAAUCUUACCUUCUGGAGGGACGGACUCUCGAUCAAACAGCAAAUCACACUGAGGGCGCAGCAGCGGGCGAAAAGAAUCCCCGACUUCAACACAGAGAUUGAAGGAAAAUAUACAGAUUCACAUGAGAUAAGUCUGCAGGCAUGGGAGCGUGAGGAGAAUUUCUGGCUACCGUGAAGACCCAGCAAGUCAUUGCUCAACUGAAUCCUGGUCCGAAGAGCAAACUUUAAACAUAAUUGGAUUCUUGGCUGCCUUACUUGUUGGCAAAAUGCCUUUAAAAACAUUAAGGGGAGAAUCAAACGAACAGGAAAAGGUCUCCAUUUUUGGAACGACUUCAGUAAAGACAGUUUUGGUGUGUUUUGGUGCAACCCCACUGCCUGUGCUGUCAUCUGGAUCACAGCGGAGAGCACCUGCUCCAAGGCUGACACCUUAACACUGCAUCUGCUACGCGCUCCUCACCAAUCGUUUCAGUCAAAAUACCUUUUCCCUCUGUAUUAUAAAUAAAUGUUUUUCGCCCAAAAGGCAUCAACUGAAAGGAUUUCAGAGUAAAUGUGUCAAAUUAGCUGAGGAUUUUCCUGUGAUUCUGCUGUCAUUUUUGGAACUUUUGUUGAUGCUAAAAUGGGUUUGUCGCUCGUUUUCAGCAGCGAAGAUCAAAUAGGUGCUUGAUGUGAGAAAGCGGCUGCUCAUAGUCACGAACCCAGAGAGAACUGACAUCCGACUUUGCAGGUUCCCUCGGCUUUGUGUAGCAUUCCAGCUACUUUGAGCUCGUUGUUUUGGGCGCAAUGUUAAUGUUUUGGUAACGGUACACUACCAGCUCAUCAUCAUCCAUCAUUACAUGGGAGACAAACUGAGUUAGCAACUAGCUGGUGAACAUAGUGCUGGAGCAUUUAGUGGCUAAAGAGCCAGACAGUUUCCCCCAGGACUCAGUAGAGACCAAAAAACAAGCUAAAAAAGAUGGUGAAUGUUGAACUUACACGAGUUUAAUGUAAAGUAAGGACGGCCAUACUCACAUUUAUAUAUUUUUUAUCCCUUUAUCUCGAGAAAACAAAAGAUAAUUAUUCCGUUUUCUCGACAUAAGAUACUGACUGGAGGUCAGACCAGGAAACAUUGUGUCAUUUGUCUUUACGUUUUACAGAGAAAAACAUCUGUUCACUUCUUCUUCUACCACUGAAAAGAUGUUGGUGCUUUUCUGUGCUUGAACACAUUGAAACAAAAAAAAAAUAUCAUGUCAAUAUUUUCCCACAAUGCUUUGAUCAUUUCUUCACUGGAGCUGUGAAAUGCCCUGGAGGAACUCUGUUAGAACCCUGAUGAUCUAUAACACUUGAGCAGAACCUUCAGUUGUGACAUCAUAACCGUAGAACUCUGACAUCAUGAUGCAGAACCUCUUCCUUCACACCCAGAAACCUGAGCUGAGCAGUGUCUCCGUGAUCGAACCAAACCCACCGUCCACAUUCGCCAAGCGACAAAUAUCUGUAACUAAAUUAGUUUUAACUUUAACUUGAACACAAAACUGUUUCAAGUCCCGUUUCAUCUGCUGCAAACAGCUGUUGUCUGUCCCGUUCAGUCUGAGCUGAAAUGAACAGACAAAGAAACCAGGUAAGAUUUUCUCAUUUGACCUGCAGAAACUUUUUUGGUUGUUUGUUGAGUUUUAACAGUUUAACAAUAUCCAGUGAGCCACAUUGAGAAAUACAGAAGCUUCUAAACAGUGUUGGAGGAUUUUAUGAUUGCAGUAGGUUUGUUGGGCAGAAAUGCGCCGUGUUGUUUCUCUCAAAACAGAUUACUCCGCUGUCAGUGUCUCUAAUCAAUGGAUAAAAAAUUGUACUGUAACAUAACUAACCAAGCAGGCGUCUGAGACCUGAUUUAAAAACCUUAUCUUUAAGUUUCACCAGAAUAAUCGACAGUAAAACAAAGUUAACUGUGUGGAUAAGAGUAGAGGUUGUGUUAAGGUGGGACUGCAGUUUUAGACAUGAACUUCAUGUUUGUUUCCGUGUUUCAGUCCUUUGGUGCGGACCUGUACGGCCCCACACAGUACAGGCCAGAUGCUGUGCAGCUGCAGACCAACCAGCUCCAUCACAAUGAAGAGGAGCAGGGCCUCAGGGACGCCCUGUUCUCCGCCAUCCAGGAGGUCAAGUCUCUGAAGGAGGAGAGGGAGUCUCUGGAGGAGAAAACUGACCUGCAGCAGAACGAGUGGAAGCAGGCGGAGAACCAGCUCCAAGAGGAGCUGCGUCAGAAAGACGAGCUCCUGAAAAGGGGCAUCAAGAAGAGGCAGGCUCGCACCAGGGCCCACAUCGAUGUCCUGGCCCUGCUCACUCUAAAGGAGCUCGAGCUGGAGAGCAAAGAGGAAGAGUGGAGGGCAAAGUGUGGAGCACUGCAGGCCAAACUGCAGGAGCAGGUUCAGAGAGAGGAAGACUGGAGCAGGAAGGAACAGCAGCUGGAACAGCAGGAGGAGGAGAGCGAGAGUCAGGAGGAAGAGGAGGGGAACGAGAGUCAGGAGGAAGAGGAGGAGAAUGAGAGUCAGGAGGAAGAGGAGGAGAGAAAGACGACAGACGAUAAACAAACGUCUGAGAAAAAAAAGAACAAACCAAAGAAGAAGAAUAAAAGGGGGAAGAAGAAGAACAGGUGUUAGCUACAGCACAUCCCUCUUCCUGAACCCCUCCCCCCCUCCCCCACCCCUCCCCUUUUCUGCAUCUAUCACUUCCUGUGAAUAUAUUGUUUAUUGUAAAUACAUUUGCGACUCUGUCAUUUACAUCUGCCCCGUGUUUGUCUUUCUGAACAUAGAUAUAGUGAAUAUAGAUACAGGAUUCACGGCUCUUCAUCAAAUCCUACAGUGUGACGGACGUUACGACGUCACUGGUUUUAGACUUCAGGAGUCAAAACAUCAUUGGUUGUAGAUAAAAGGAGUCACAGUUUUAUCUGGGAAUCUGUUUGUGACUCAUCUUGAUCAAAUCAGUCUGAACGCCCUGAAAAACAGACCUUUUUCUACUGGUAACACCCCGAAUCAACCGUGUCUACUAUUCUAGAAAAACUAUAACAUAAUACAUUCCUGUCCACAUACUUUUGUCCACUGUGUAAUGUUGCAUCUACCUCUGCUGGGUGUGUGACUAGAACUGCUCACCAAGCUCGUCUUAAAGUGAUAAUGUAUUAACUGCAGGUUUAAGCUUCUCUAACGACCUCCGUGAACACGAGGCGUCUUCUC